AUGAGGUCCUCGCUCCUGUCUCCUCCUCCCUUGCUCCUCUUCUCAUUGCUCCUGGAGGCCGUCUCGGGGAAACCCUUCGUCCACUUGGUCUUCUCCCACAACGCCACCUGCUUUGACGCCCAGGCGGUGCCCGCCUGCUUUGGCCCGGUGAUCUCCCACGUGGGUCUGAAGGGCUACCUCUUUGAAGCUGUCCCCGCCAACGCCUGCCAACCCAUAGAAGCCCCGCCGCCCUCCGAGAGGUUCUCCCCCAGGUCCAUCGUGCUCAUCCAGAGGUACGACUGCCCCUUCAGUGUCAAGGUGCUCUACGCCCAGCAAGCCGGGUACCAGGCGGCCAUCAUCCACAACCUCUACUCCGACGUGCUGGUGAGCAUGUCCAUUGAAGUGGAAGAGACCCGGAGGCGGAUCUCGAUCCCUUCCCUCUUCAUCGGGGAGUCGGACUCCAAAUUCCUGAGGAAGGUGGUCCGCUUCAAAAACGAGACCGUGGUCAAAAUGGUGAUCCCGCGGGGUUACUACAAUCCCUGUUGGGACAACGUCGGUGUCUCGGCGUGGGACCCGGCGCGGCACAACCUGCAAUAUUGGCCCGGCUACUGUACCCAGCAAAUGAUCAUUGAGUUCCUCCAGGAUUUUGGGCUGGUGAUCCUCCUCAGCAUGGGCAUCAGCUUCUUGGCGGUGGCCGGUUGCAUGAAAUGGUACUGGAGGGACAGACGGAUCAAGGUGAAGACCUUCAAAAGAGGCGACAAAUACGACCUGUGCGUCAUCUGUAUGGCCGAGUACGAGGCCGGCGACCGGCUGAAGAUCCUUCCUUGCGCCCACGCCUAUCACAACACCUGCAUCAAUACCUGGCUCCUCAUCCAGCCCAGGGAGGGGAAGAUCUGCCCGAUUUGCAAACAGCACGUCAACAUGGUGACCUAG